GGACAGGUCAGUUUAGAGGGAGAGAGAAAAAAGAGGAGAGAGAAACAAUAAGAGAGAGAAAGAGCAGCUGUGUAUUAAAAGCAAAGCAAAGGUAAGGGUUCUCGAAUUGGGGUGUAGAGAGAGAGAGAGAGAGGGAGGGAGAGGGAAGUGUGAGAAACGAAGCAGAUCGAAACCCCCUCUCUCCCCUUCCUGCAACUCUUUUGUUCCGACCAGUUUCCCACUAAACCCUAGAAACGACCAGCCUCAGUAUCGAGUCUCUUUUCUCCAGAGUCAAAAUGCUCUUACCCGGUGUACACAUGGAGACAUGAUUCGCCUAUUUACGCAUAAAUUGGGUAGAGGACACCGAGACAAGGUUCAACAGUUUAUGGCCAUAACUGGGGCAAGUGAAAAGGUUGCUCUCCAGGCUCUCAAAGCUAGUGAUUGGCAUCUUGAAGGGGCUUUUGAUCUUUUCUAUAGCCAGCCGCAAGUUAGAUCUGUUACUGAUUCCAGACAUCUUGAGGAAUUUUAUCAACGUUACAGAGAUCCUUAUGUCGACAUGAUUAUGGCUGAUGGCAUCUCCUUGCUUUGCAAUGACUUGCAGGUGGAUCCUGGGGAUAUUGUAAUGUUAGUAGUGUCUUGGCAUAUGAAGGCUGCCACCAUGUGUGAAUUUUCUCGGCCGGAGUUUAUAGGUGGACUACAAGCACUGGGGGUGGAUUCAAUUGAGAAGUUCCGAGAAAGAAUACCAUUUAUGCGCUCUGAGCUGAAGGACGAACAGAAAUUUCGUGAGAUCUACAACUUUGCAUUCAACUGGGCUAAAGAAAAGGGUCAAAAGUCAUUGGCGUUAGAUACAGCAAUCGGCAUGUGGCAGCUGCUAUUUGCUGAAAAACAGUGGCCAUUGGUUGACCAUUGGUGCCAAUUCUUACAGGCCAGACACAACAAAGCAAUCUCUAGGGAUACCUGGUCUCAGCUCUUGGAAUUUGCCAAGUCAGUUGACCCCAUGCUGUCGAAUUAUGAUGCCGAAGGUGCCUGGCCCUACCUGAUUGAUGAGUUUGUGGAAUAUUUGAUAGAAAAUGGCACUGUUCAGAAGGGCAGCUGAGACGGAUCUGAAACAGAAGGCCUUACUUGUGUAUACUAGCACUUUGUUUUAUCAAAAGCAAAUUCCAUAGGCCUGAUACAUUUCAAUAUCCUUACCAAGAAUGUAUCUGAUUUUUUUGGUUUUUUGAGACUUCGAUUUUGGUUGGAAUGGGCCAUUCUUUAAGGGCAGCUUGUCUUUGUAGUUUCUGCAAUUGCAUUUGGGGUGGUUUCUACUUUCCUCUGGGCUGUAUUUGAAUUAUCUUAAAUAACAGAACACUGUGAGCCUUAAAUGCAAGGAACAAUAGGGAAAUGUUUAUUUUUUCUUUCCUA